AUAUAUUUUAGGAUUGUGUCUGGUAUGGAGUUUGUAAUACAGAUGCCUUGAAUCAUAAUCAAUAUUGUUCCUACAAUGGCACUCCAAAAGAGAUGCCUGAAGAUGGACUGAAGUUGUUAACAGAAAGGUGCAGUUUUUUACUUCAAGCAGAGACAAAGAAUUUUUGCUGUGACGUCGAUCAGGUAAAAAUAUUGAAUGAAAACAUUAAACUUGCUGCGGCAAUUUUAGAACGUUGCCCAUCAUGUAUGACAAAUUUGGCUCGUCAUAUUUGCGAAUUAACAUGCUCUCCAGAUCAAUCAAAAUUCUCUAGAGCUGCUGCUACAAAGACAAAUGAUAAAGGUGAUCUUUAUGUUACUUCUUUGGAUUUACACGUAACAGAAGAGUAUAUCAAUAAGACGUAUAAGUCAUGUUCACAGGUAUCAGUUCCACAAACCGGUCAAUUAGCACUAGAUCUAAUGUGCGGCGCUUAUCCAGCAUCACGAUGUAGUCCUACAAAGUGGUUCAAUUAUAUGGGGGAUGCAAAUAAUAUAUAUGUUCCAUUCCAAAUAACAUAUAUUCAACAUUCAACAAACUCGACAAAAAAUGGGAUUACUCCAAUCAAUCCAAAAACAACUCCCUGUAAUGAAUCUGUAAAUAUCGAACUGCCAGCGUGUUCAUGUACUGAUUGUGAUUCGUCUUGCCCUCAAUCUCCAGAUGAACCGAUACCAAAACCAUUUAACAUUGCAGGACUUGACGCUUUUACAGUUAUUAUGACUGUCGUGUUUACUGUUGGAUCUCUUGUUUUUUUAUUGGGAACAUUUUUGUUUACGAAUGACUCAAUAAAUGGUAAGUUUUUAGUCCGGCCUGUCCCGAAACAAUGA